AUGGCCAAGAGCAAACCUCCCUCGAAGCACUCCCGCGCCGCCCGCCGCGCCACCUCCCCCUCCAUCAACACCGACAAGUCCCUCAAGGCCGUCUCCCUGCCCACAUCGUCCUCCACAACCGCACACGAAUCCACCGGCGCCGACAGCCACAAUACCAGCAACACCAACAAGAACCGGCCGUCGGUGCUGGCCGUGCACCGCGCCGCGGGCGUGUCCAAGAAGACGAGCAAGCCGGCGCGCAAGUCGCGCAUGACGGCCAAGAUGCGGCGGCGGCACGAGCGCGGCCUGGAGAUGGCCGAGGCGGUGACGGAGCGCACGGGGCUCAAGAUCGAGAAGAGCAUCGGGCGCGCGAGAGCCGUGCAGGCGCGCAGCAAGGGGUGGGAUGAUAUCAAUGCCCGCGCGGGGGAUGAGGCGGGGAGGGCGCGCGCCGCGGCGGGGAGGAAUGCGUUUGCGGCGCUGGGUGGUGAUGACGAUGAUGGCGACGAUGACGAGGAAGGGGAGGGUGGUGACAAGGGGUGGGAGACGGAUGAGGAUAUGGGUGGCGAUGUGCCCAUUCCGGCGGGCAUGCAGUCGUCGAUAUUUGCGCCGGCGCCCAAGAAGGAGGAGGCUGUGCAGUCUGGACAGGCUGCUGGCGGCGACGACGAGGAGAUUCUGUGA